UGCCAGAGCCAGGAGCACUAGGAGCCCUGCAAGCGCAAUACAGCCAGCACGCCUGUGAACUCUCUCGUUUAUUAUCUGUGUUUUACUGAAAACAAGUGCGCAGGGGGAGCGGGGCUAUGACAUGUCCCCGUGCGAGUAGGGAGCAGUAGAUUUUGUCAGUGUUAACGCAGGCGGAUCCUGUUUUAUUUCCCCAAGAUGAAUAAAGACUUGAAGAGUCUGCGACAGCUCGCCGCGGGUCUGCUGUUCCUAGCGCUGUGCGUCGCGGUGCAACAAUCCGACUCUGCGGCUUGCCAUGGAUGUGUGGGAUCCAAGUGUGACUGCAGUGGAGUAAAAGGAGCCAAGGGUGAGAGGGGUUUCCCCGGUCUCACCGGACAACCAGGAGUCCCAGGGUUCCCAGGACCUGAAGGGCCCAUUGGACCCCGCGGAGAGAAGGGUAGCGAUGGACCAGGAGGACCACCUGGGCCAAAAGGAAUAAGAGGACCUCCUGGAUUGCCAGGAUUUCCAGGAACACCAGGAAUUCCAGGACUACCUGGCCAGGAUGGACCUCCUGGCCCAAGGGGAACACCAGGCUGCAAUGGGACUAAGGGUGAGAGGGGUUUCCCAGGAAGUCCAGGCAUUCCUGGACUGGAAGGACGGCCGGGCCCACCUGGUUUGCCAGGACCAAAGGGAGACCCAGGCGAUGUGAUCUCCACCAACCGCUUCGGAGAGAAAGGAGCAGUGGGCUUGCCCGGCCUCCCAGGACUUCCCGGCCCACCCGGAACCCCUGGACUGCCAGGUCCGCUCGGCCCUCCUGGACCCAGAGGCUAUGAGGGUCGUCCAGGUGCUCCCGGUCCCCCUGGACCUAAGGGCAACAUGGGACUGAACUUCCAAGGACCCAAAGGAGAAAAGGGUGAGCAAGGCUUGCCAGGACCUCCCGGCCCACCAGGACAGGUUGGGGAACAGAAGAGGCAGACAGAAAGUGAAAUCCAGAGAGGAGAUAAGGGUGACCAAGGUCUUCCCGGCCCUCCAGGUGACCCAGGUCCUCCAGGCCCCCCUGGUCCCUCGGGCGGCCAGAAAGGAGAAAAAGGAGAACCAGGAGAGGCAGGCAAACGGGGCAAACCAGGCAAAGAUGGUGAUCCCGGCCCUGCAGGCUUCCCGGGAAUCAAAGGAGAGCCAGGCAGCCCCGGUCCUGCAGGCAGGGAUGGAGAGAGGGGAGAAAAAGGUGAUCGUGGAUACCCAGGCCCACCAGGAUUGGUGAUCAGUGGGUCGACAGCUGGUCGGGUCGGACCUAAAGGUGAGGCUGGUUUCCCUGGAUCGCCUGGACGCAAGGGAGAGAGAGGACAACCAGGUUUAACUGGACCUCCAGGACAGCCAGGAAUCCCAGGUUCAGGUGGUGGUGGUCAGCCCGGCCAGCCAGGUUUCCCAGGAGAGCGGGGUCAGAAAGGAGACGAGGGCCCCCCAGGACUCUCUCUGCCGGGUCCCCCAGGACGGCCAGGUUCUCCGGGUGGUCAGGGUCCACCAGGGCCCCCCGGACCUCCAGGCUUUUCCACUGGAGGAGGCAACUGCAUCGGCGGAGAGCCUGGACGUCCCGGCGUGCAGGGAGAGAGAGGUUUCCAGGGAGAGACGGGCCAGAAAGGUGAGAAGGGAGACACCUGUGUGAACUGCGUCGGCAGCUCUGUUCCUGUCCCCGGAGCCACAGGACCUCCCGGAGCCCCCGGCUUCCCCGGCAGUCCUGGAGCCACGGGUCAGAAAGGAGACAGAGGAUUCCCAGGAUCGCCUGGCGCUGUCGGCCCCCCAGGUCCCCCUGGUACCCAAGGUGCUCCAGGAUACCCUGGAGAGAAGGGAGACCCGGGCGAUGCCAUCACUGUGAGCGGUGGGAGGGGAGACAAGGGAGACACCGGUUUCCCUGGUCCACCCGGUCUGCCAGGCCUGGACGGUCGCCCCGGUCGUGAUGGAUCCCCCGGAGCACCCGGACCCAAAGGAGCACCUGGUUCCCUACUGGUGAAAGGAGAGCGAGGCCUACCGGGUGACCCAGGUAGUCAGGGUCUCCCAGGGGACCGGGGUCCCCCAGGUCCACCUGGCUUUGGACCCCAGGGACCAACAGGAGAGAAGGGUAUCCAGGGCGUCUCAGGAAGACCUGGAAGCCCCGGCGCACCAGGUGCUAAAGGUGAGCCAGGCCUUACAGUGGCGGAGAAAGGCUUGCCAGGACCCAGAGGACAAGACGGAGAACCAGGAUUGCCCGGCCCGCCAGGUGGUUCAGGUCAGCCCGGCCAGCCUGGUUUCCCCGGGUUACCAGGAGCGAAGGGUGAUCCAGGACUCCCUGGAAUUGGACUCCCUGGACCGCCAGGAGCUAAAGGAUUCCCAGGUAUCCCCGGCUCGCCAGGAGCUCCAGGAGGACCAGGCAGACCAGGAGUCGAUGGCCUCCCUGGUCAGCCAGGACUCUCCGGUCCCAAAGGUGAGCCCGGCUUUGGCCUCCCUGGUCCCCCCGGCGCCCCAGGAAUCCCCGGAGCUAAAGGUUUAUCGGGACCCAAAGGAGACCCUGGUUUCCCUGGCGGUCCUGGUUCUCCUGGGCGAUCUGGUCUUGAUGGUGCUCCUGGACCUAAAGGUGAACCCGGUACUCCUGGUAUUCCUGGAGCUCGCGGACCUGCUGGAUCCCCGACUAUUGGCUCACAAGGAGUCCAAGGCCCCCCUGGAACUCCAGGACCAAUGGGACCCCCAGGCGAGAAAGGAUUCCCAGGUGCAAAUGGAGAGAAGGGAGACCCUGGUACUCCAGGUCUGGAUAUCCCAGGUCUACCAGGAGACAGAGGCAGUCCUGGUUUCCCAGGUUCCCCAGGACCGAUGGGACCCCCAGGACCACCCGGAGGACCUGGACGGGACGGCCUGCCUGGACUGCCAGGUACUAAGGGAGACAUGGGUCCCAUUGGAUCCCCAGGACCUUCUGGAGGACCUGGAGGCCCUGGAGGACCCGGAUUCCCAGGAGCUAAAGGUGAUAGCGGCUUCCCAGGCAGAGACGGUGCGCCCGGCACUCCCGGAGCCAAGGGAGAGAGAGGCGACCCCGGCGUCCAGGGGCCUCCGGGGCCCUCCCUACCACCACUGGCCCAGAAGGGAGCCAAGGGAGAGCCGGGACUGCCAGGUGCGUCAGGUUUCCCCGGUCAGAAAGGUAUCUCUGGACUCCCCGGUGACCCAGGACUGCCAGGAUCGGAUGGACGCCCCGGACUACCAGGACCACAAGGUGGUAAGGGAGAUUCUGGCAUCCCAGGAGGCCCUGGCGCUCCUGGAGCUCCAGGACUGAAGGGCAGCAUGGGAGAAAUGGGAUUCCCAGGACCGGGAGGGCUGAAGGGUGCGCCGGGUGCGCCGGGUCGUCCAGGAGGCCCAGGAUCACCAGGAGCGCCCGGAUUCCCCGGAGCCAAAGGUGAUCCAGGCUCUGCAGGAGUGGGAGCGCCAGGAUUACCGGGAGCCAAGGGCGAGCCGGGCCAGCCGGGCUUCCCAGGAACUCCAGGACAGAAGGGAGGGCCAGGAGGAUCUGGACUCCCAGGUUUACCCGGAGGACCAGGUGCCAAGGGUGACCCCGGCCUCCCAGGCUUCCAAGGUCCUCCCGGCAUCCCUGGCCCUAAAGGUUUGGACGGCAGCCCCGGCGCCCCAGGCUCCAGCGGAGCUCCCGGCAGACCAGGAGAGUCCGGCCGUCCCGGAGCGCCGGGCCUGCCAGGAGACAAGGGACAAGCAGGUCGUGACGGGAUCCCCGGACCGGCUGGCAUCAAGGGAGAGCCAGGUCUGCCUGGUUUCGGCGGUCCUGGUGCUCCUGGUCUUCCAGGGUUGCCAGGUGCCAAGGGCGACACGGGUCUCCCCGGCGCGCCUGGCAGUCCUGGCUACCCAGGCACGAAGGGAGAGGCCGGCUUCCCUGGCCUCCCCGGCUCUCCAGGCAGCAUUGGAAACCCUGGCCCCCCAGGAGUGGCCCUCCAGGGUCCCAAAGGAAGCCAGGGACCCCCAGGACCCCCUGGAAGAGGAGGUCCCUCAGGUCCUCCAGGUCCACCCGGCCCAGAGGGUCCCCGUGGGCCCCCAGGUAGCGGUGGCCUCAAGGGAGACAAGGGUAUUCCCGGCGCUCCUGGCCAGCCUGGCUUCCCUGGACAAAAGGGAGAGUCUGGCAAUCCUGGAUUUCCGGGUUCUUCUGGGCUUCCUGGUGCCCCUGGACUGAAAGGAGACAUCGGCCUGCCUGGUGUUCCCGGCUUCCCUGGACCUAAGGGUGACCCAGGAGUCCCAGGUGCUGGUGGCCUUCCUGGAGACCCCGGAGAUGUCGGACCUGUCGGUCCUCCUGGUGAUCCCGGUGUACCUCCAGUGCCCAUCGUGGUGAAGGGAGAGCGUGGGCCGCCCGGUCCUCAGGGUCUGCCUGGUGUCAGGGGGGCUCCAGGACCUCCCGGGCUUCAGGGACUCCCAGGUCAGCCUGGUGACCCUGGAGAUGGUGGUCUGGAGGGUCCUCCUGGUUUCAGUGGCCCACCCGGAAGGAAAGGAGAUUCUGGACCUGCUGGUCAGCCUGGUCAGCGUGGUUACCCCGGUCCCCCAGGUUCAGAUGGUCCACAGGGCCCUCCCGGUCUUCCAGGAACAGCCUCGACUGCCCACGGCUUCCUCAUCACCCGGCAUAGCCAGGGCCAAGACGUGCCUUUCUGCCCCGAUGGAACUAACAUGAUCUAUGACGGAUACUCCCUGCUGUAUGUGCAGGGCAACGAGCGGGCGCACGGACAGGACCUUGGCACCGCUGGCAGCUGUCUGCGCAGGUUCAGCACCAUGCCCUUCAUGUUCUGCAACAUCAACAACGUCUGUAACUUCGCCUCCCGCAAUGACUACUCCUACUGGCUGUCAACACCAGAGCCCAUGCCAAUGUCCAUGGCCCCUAUCACCGGAGAGAGCAUCAAACCUUUCAUCAGCAGGUGUGCCGUGUGUGAAGCCCCAGCCAUGGUGAUUGCAGUCCACAGUCAGACCAUCCAGAUCCCCAGCUGCCCUGCCAGCUGGGACGCUCUGUGGAUAGGCUACUCCUUCAUGAUGCACACCAGUGCAGGAGCAGAGGGCUCCGGCCAGGCCUUGGCCUCCCCGGGCUCCUGCCUGGAGGAGUUCCGUAGCGCUCCCUUCAUCGAGUGCCACGGCAGGGGAACGUGCAACUACUACGGCAACUCCUACAGCUUCUGGCUGGCCACAGUAGACACCAACGAGAUGUUCAGGAAGCCCCAGUCGGAGACUCUGAAGGCGGGUAACCUACGGACGCGCGUCAGCCGUUGCGUGGUCUGCAUGAAGAGGACGUAACAGCGCACGGCGACGGGCAGAACUACCGUUGCCGGGGACACCAAACCGACAACAAAAGAUGAUUGGAUGAUGGGGACAAGGAGGCGGCGGUAGUCACGGUGACGGAUAGGCUGUCAUUGUGGUGACGAGGUGGAAUUCCAAUGGUGCAUUGUCUUCCGGAAAAAAAAAAAAACGACUAAAACAAUGGUGCUACUGUGCAACACAGCAAAAAACAAAAAAUGAAAAAAACUGACAUAAACAAAUCCUAUAUUUAGUCUUCGUUUUUUCUUAAAAGAAGUACCUCAAAAUGAAAAGCAGAAAAAUAUCCACAGAAAUGGUGCCAUGACGGAUGUGUGACAACAAAAGUGCUUUUUUUUUUCCUCACUUCAUUCUUCCCUCUUCUCUCCCUGGAGAGAAUAGUUUCCUCUUCCUUUCUUUAUUUUUAAAAAUCACUUUUUUGACGUAGGUGCAACAAAUUGUGGUACAUACAUUUCUAGAGAGAAGUGCUCUUUUUUUUUUUUUUUUUUUUUUUUUUUUAAUUCAUUGAGGAGUGGAUGGUCUCCACGGUUACCAAAUCGGCACUUUGACUUCGCAACAUCCAAGAUUAAGAGAUGCACUGAUGAUGAGCUUUCCCUAGUGAGACUGACUGCUUUUUUUUUUUUUUUACUAGCUUUCCAUUCACAGACUCUCUUUCCUCUCUCUCCGUCAUUUUUCUGUUGUUUUACGUUUCAUUUGGUGGUACUAACCCUGCUGUAGCCCAGCCUGCUAACAAUAGGCCUACGUCUUCUUUCUCUUUUUUUUUGUAAGUAAUAAAAUGUGUAUAUUGUGUAAAACACCUUUUUUUUAGUGUAUUAGGUCAUGAAUCGGUACCAGCUAUUUGUUAUGAGAAAAAUUUUCCAGGUUCUUUUUAGCUCACUCACUCAUGCCUGCACACACACACAGACACACACAUAAACACACUGAAAACACAUACGCUCACACACAAACACACACUCAUUCACGUCAUUGCGCUCACUGAUACACACUGACUCAGAUAUUGUACAAAGUAAGGCUUUUAUGAAUGAAACAGUAUUUUAUAUAUAAUAAAUAUAUAUUUGAAAAAAAAGAGGAAAAAAGGUAUAUAAACUUUAUUCGGCUGCGGGGGAGAUUGUUUGCUAUUUUUUUCGACCAGAGAAAAACAAAACAAAAAAAAAGACAAGAAAAGACAAGAUAAGAAUGAAAAGGUCACGCGUUUCACCGAAAGCAAA